AUGUCAAAUGAAUCUAAAAUAUGUUUGGUAAAUGAAGAUAGUAUUUACUAUCGAGGAUAUGAUAUAAAAGAUUUAACAGCAGUAUCAAGUUUUGAAGAAGUAUCAUUUUUAUUAAUUUAUGGUGAAUUACCAACAGAGAGGGAGUUAAUAGAAUAUCGUAGUGAAUUACAACAUUAUCGAUAUAUACCAGAAUCAUUAAAACAAGUAUUAGAGAGGAUACCAAUUUAUGCACAUCCAAUCGAUGUUUUAAAGACAGCAUGUUCAUUCUACUCUACGAUUUCACCAGAAUCAAAACAAAAUGAUAUUUAUAGAAUUAGUAAUAGAUUAAUUGGUUCAUUUCCAUCUAUUCUAUUCUAUUGGUAUCAUUUUUCAUCAAAUGGUAUUAGAAUUAAUACCCUAACUGAAGUAAAUGAUAGUUUUGCAAGACAUUUUUUAAAAUUAUUAAAUAGAGGUAACAAUAACAAUAUCAAUAAUAAUAACAAAUUCACUACAGAACAAGAUGAAGAACCAAUUUUAGAAUAUGUUAAAGCAUUAGAUGUAUCAUUAAUAUUGUAUGCUGAGCAUGGUAUUGAAACAGCAUCAACAUUUUCAUGUAGACUAAGUGCAUCAACAGGUUCAGAUGUUUAUAGUUGUAUUGGAUCAUCAAUUGGUACUAUGAAAGGCGUAUUAGAUGAUGGUGGUAGUAGUGAAGCUGUAAUGUAUCUAUUACAACCAAUGAAAUCACCUGAAGAUGCUGAUAAGAAAAUAAUGAAAAUGAUAAACAAUAAUCAAAGAAUCAUUGGAUUUUCAAAUGAAUUUGAUCAAAGAACACCAAUAAUUAAAGAAUGGUCAAAACAAUUAUCAAUCAUAAAUAAAAAUAAUAAUAAUAAUAAUAAUAAUAAUAAUAAUAAUAAUAAUAAUAAUAAUAAUAAUAAUAAUAAUAAUAAUAGUGAAGAUGAUGAUGAUGAUAAUUCAUUACAAACAAUAUCAGAACGUGUUGAAGAGAUAAUGUUUGAUGUUUUAAAGGUACAUGCAAAUGUUGACUUUUACAAUGCAACAGUAUUCCAUCAAUCAAAUAUACCAACACUUUUAUUUUCUGCAAUCUCUGUUAUAGCUCGUACAACUGGUUGGAUGGCAAAUAUUAUUGAACAACGUUGUCAAUCUAAAAACUCAUUACCAUCUUUAAUUUACACUGGUUCUGAUCCUAUCCCUUUUACACCAAUUAAUGAAAGGGUUUAUUAUCAUAAUUUUAAAAUUCCAAAUUCAAAUUUAUAA